GGAUAGAUUUUUAUUUUUCAGUGUAUAAUUUUAGAUUAGAUGUAUCCUUUUAAGGGAAAAUUCUCUAAGCAGUUUUUUAAACUUUCAAGAGUUGCACAAGCUGAUAGAGUGAUCAUGUAAUAAUUACUCAUAUUUCAAAGUAGAGUUUUGUUCUGUAGCUGCCAGUUGUAUCUUACUCUCUGUUUUUUGGCUACUUUUGCUGAUAUCUUUCUUGUUCUGAGAUACUUGCUAUUCCCUGAGCCUGGACUCCUGUUUCCCUACUUUUAAGGCCCAGCUCAGUAGAUGCUUCCUUCAGACUGCCUGUCCAUAGUGUCCCUCUGGAUGCUUCCACACUUACUGUUAGACCUCUGCUGAGCUGCCCUCACCCUGCCUCAUCGCAGUUACUGUCCUCCUGGCCCCUUUUCUUCUUGCUCGAAAGUCGGGAUCCCCUUUUGUUUACUGAAAUUACAUUAUGCUUUCCAAGGCACUUUCAUAUGUAUAUUCUUUUAUUUCAUCCUCCAGACAAUUCCAUGAGGUUGGUAGGACAGAGAUUCUCAUCUCCAUUUUAAUUGAGGCUGCUGACUUGAGUAAACCAAUAGAUAAAAGGAUAUACAAAGGAACACAGCCUACUUGUCAUGACUUCAACCACCUAACAGCCACAGCGGAAAGUGUCUCUCUCCUAGUGGGCUUUUCCGCAGGCCAAGUCCAGCUUAUAGACCCAAUCAAAAAAGAAACUAGCAAACUAUUUAAUGAGGAAAGACUAAUAGACAAGGCACGCGUAACCUGUGUCAAAUGGGUGCCCGGUUCGGAAAGCCUUUUCCUAGUAGCCCAUUCGAGUGGGAACAUGUACUUGUAUAAUGUGGAGCACACUUGUGGCACCACAGCCCCCCACUACCAGCUUCUGAAGCAGGGAGAGAGCUUUGCCGUGCACACUUGCAAGAGCAAAUCCACGAGGAACCCUCUCCUUAAGUGGACGGUGGGCGAGGGGGCCCUCAGCGAGUUUGCUUUCUCCCCAGAUGGCAAGUUCUUAGCAUGCGUGAGCCAGGACGGGUUUCUGCGGGUGUUCAAUUUCGACUCGGUGGAGCUGCACGGUACGAUGAAAAGCUACUUUGGGGGCUUGCUGUGUGUGUGCUGGAGCCCAGAUGGCAAGUACAUUGUGACAGGUGGAGAGGACGACUUGGUGACAGUCUGGUCCUUUGUAGACUGUCGAGUAAUAGCUAGAGGCCACGGGCACAAAUCCUGGGUCAGUGUUGUGGCAUUCGAUCCCUAUACUACUAGCGUAGAAGAAAGCGACCCUAUGGAGUUUAGUGGCAGUGAUGAGGACUUCCAGGACCUUCUUCAUUUUGGCAGAGAUCGAGCAAACAGUACACAGUCCCGGCUGUCCAAGCGGAACUCUACCGACAGCCGCCCCGUAAGUGUUACGUACCGGUUUGGUUCAGUGGGCCAGGAUACACAGCUGUGUUUGUGGGACCUUACGGAAGACAUCCUUUUCCCUCACCAACCCCUCUCAAGAGCAAGGACACACACAAAUGUCAUGAAUGCCACAAGUCCUCCCGCUGGAAGUAAUGGGAACAGUGUCACAACACCCGGGAACUCUGUGCCCCCUCCGCUGCCUCGGUCCAACAGCCUUCCCCACUCGGCGGUCUCCAAUGCAGGCAGCAAAAGCAGCGUCAUGGAUGGGGCCAUUGCCUCUGGGGUCAGCAAAUUCGCAACACUCUCACUGCACGACCGAAAGGAGAGACAUCACGAGAAAGACCACAAGCGAAACCAUAGCAUGGGACACAUUUCUAGCAAGAGCAGUGACAAACUGAAUCUAGUUACUAAAACCAAAACGGACCCCGCUAAAACUUUGGGAACGCCAUUGUGUCCUCGGAUGGAAGACGUUCCCUUGUUAGAGCCUCUGAUCUGUAAAAAGAUAGCACAUGAAAGACUGACUGUAUUAAUUUUUCUUGAAGACUGUAUAGUCACUGCUUGUCAGGAGGGAUUUAUUUGCACAUGGGGAAGGCCUGGUAAAGUGGUAAGUUUUAAUCCUUAAUGCUGCACCAGAUCUAGAACUUGAAUAGGUAGUGAUUUUUUUUUUUUUGUGGGAGGGGCGGGAUGUACAAUGAAUGUGAAUGACACUUCUUAUUCUUAAUGUAAAUCUAAAUGCAUCAGAGCCAUAAUUUUGGAUACUGCAUGCCAUGUAAUUCUGAAUCAUUUGAUAAUUCACCUUAGCGCAUUUAAAAAAUAUAUAAUCAAACUAAUUGCCAGCUGAGUCAGUCAUCCUUCUGGGAGUAUAUAGAGCCCCAAGAUUAGCACUCCUGUAUCAGACUAUUUCAAUUUAGGGAAAUCAUGACAGUGGGGAGGGGACAAUGACUUUAAAAUGCUAAAAUUGAUGCUUUAACUGGAAUAUUUUUGCUCAACUACUCAACUAGACUGUUGUACACCUGAUCAGAGUGUGUGUUCAGUACAGAUGGCCAUUAAUUGUCAUUUAUAUCCAAUUUUUUAUCUUAAUCAUAAAAUGUUUAGGAAUCUAUGAAAUUUAACUUUAGGAACAAAGCGUUCAGCAGGGUUGAUUGAUAUUAUUUUUACAUUGUUCUGGCAAUCCACAGAAAGAGAAGAGCCUUAAUUUUUAAAACCCAUUUUAGUCAUUUUAUGACAAUUAAAAUUGUUUAAUAAACAUCUUUUUCCAAAGAAGCAGUUUGUAGAACUCUGAUUGAGACUCUGUGCAUUAAAUCUCCACUUGACCCAGAGCCUGGACAGUUAGCAUGCGCUGCAGCUGAGCACACCAGCAGCUGUUGUCAGAAGUGCCUCUUGCCACAUAAGCCAAGACUUUCAUGUCAGAUGUGCUUGGCUUAUGUUUUUUUCCCAAGAAGGGAAAAAGGAGGUUUUGGGUUUUUUUUUUUUUUUUUUGUCUGUUUUUGGGGGUCAGUAAGGCAUGACUGUAGGCGGUGGGCAGGCUCCAUGGCUCUGUUUCACCAUUAAGCUCCCUGGGCUGCACAGUACCUCCCCACAGGGCACUUGGGAGGGUUUAGUUUCCCCCGAAGAGGGGAAUCACAGGUGCAGCUUUCCCUUUUGCUUAUUGGGAGUUGUGAAUCUGUGAUGACGCUUGGGAUGCCAAUGCCGGCCUAGUGCUUGUGCUUCCCCCUUGAGCGCCAGGCUUCUGGGCCUGUGUUGGCUCCCUCUGUGGUGGAAAGGCUAUGCAGAUUCUAUGGGAAACUGCCGAAUUUGAUUCCAGUUCCUUAUGGCCCUUCUCAGCUGCAUAAGGAGCUUCUUUUCAAAUUCCAGUUUUCAUGGUGGAUGAGGUGGUUGUUUGAGCUCUGUGUUUUGUGUCAAGAUGAUAGUUAUUUUAUUUGUUAACUUAUUUGGAGUAUUGAGGAUUGUUUUUCUAUUUCACCCACUUUUGUAAUUAAAUAUAGUAAUAAUGAUAAUUUAUACCCGUUUGAGUAGUGAAUGUGGCUCAUUAAAGAGAAGACCUGGCGGCUUCCUUUCUCUUA